GGGCGGGGCUUAGACCCGCGCGGCCGCUCCUCGCGCUGAGGGCCGGGGAAGGCCGUGCGCAUGCGCACCCCUCCCGGCGAGCUGUGCGCGCGGCUCCGCCCUGAGGCGCGUUGGGGCCGGGCGGGGAAGAUGGCGGCGGGGACGGGCAAGCACAAGCUGCUGGGCGCCGGCCCCACCGAGCCCUGGUCCAUCCGCGAGAAGCUCUGCCUGGCCUCCUCCGUCAUGCGCAGCGGCGACCAGAACUGGGUCUCAGUCAGCAGAGCCAUCAAGCCUUUUGCAGAGCCAGGCCGCCCACCUGACUGGUUUUCCCAAAAGCAUUGUGCAUCUCAGUAUUCAGAGCUGUUGGAGACUACAGAGACCCCUAAGAGAAAACGUGGUGAGAAAGGAGAGGUGGUGGAAACUGUGGAAGAUGUUAUUGUGCGGAAACUGACUGCAGAACGAGUUGAGGAGUUGAAGAAAAUUAUUAAAGAAACACAGGAGAAAUACAGGCAACUCAAGAAGGAUGCAGAGCUGAUCCAGGCUGGACACAUGGAUAACAGACUGGAGGAGCUGUGCAAUGAGAUUAUGAUAAAGAAAAAAAUGGAGGAGGAGGAGGCAGAAGUCAAGAGGAAGGCUACAGAUGCUGCUUAUCAAGCUCGUCAGGCCAUUAAGAAUCCGCCACGAAGAUUAACGGGUGUGAUGGUUCGCUCCCCUGCAGGUUCAACCUCUCCAGGGGGAGACUAUGCUCUGGGAGAUCUGUCUCAGCCUGCUGUGGAUGAGGCCAGCCCGGGGGUUGGUGAAAACGAAAUGGCAGUGGCUUCUGGUCACAUGAACAGCUCGGGAGUCCUGCUGGAGGUAGGAAGCGUCCUCCCAGUGCUGCACAGUGGGGAAAUGCAGUCGGCACCUGGUGCUGUCCCUGCAUCUCCUGCUGCUUCAGGUGCUCCUACGCUUUCCCGGCUUUUAGAAGCUGGUCCUGCGCAGUUCACCUCACCUCUUGCUUCCUUCUCCGCUGUUGCCAGCGAACCUCCAGCUAAGCUCCUGCCACCCCCAGUAGAGCCUGUGUCGCAGGCAACAAUUGUCAUGAUGCCCACGCUGUCAGCACCAUCCGUUGUGCCACCAGCUGCAGCUCCAGAAAGCGUAGCCACAGUGAGCCAGCCCGAAGCCUGUGUUUCCAUGGAGGCAGUGUCUGAUUCCCAUACAGUGACGGUGGCCAUGGACAGCAGCGAAAUAUCCAUGAUCAUUGACUCCAUCAAGAAAGAGUGCCUGGGUUCUGCAGCUGGCAGCACUGCAGGCUCUUCCAAAGAUCACUGCAUGGAUGGGAAAGAAGACCUGGAUUUGGCUGAGAAGAUGGAUAUUGCGGUGUCCUAUACAGGGGAAGAGCUGGACUUUGAUACUGUUGGAAAUAUCAUAGCCAUCAUUGAGGACAAGGUAGACGACAACCCAGAAGUCCUGGAUGCAGCGGUUGUUGAAGCUGCUCUGUCUUCUUUUUGCGAAGAUACUGAUGACCCACAGGCCCUGCCUGGCCCAUGGGAACACCCAAUUCGUCAGGAGCACGAGAAACAGGCCCAGAUACCCCAAGUGUCUGUGACUGUGAAGCAGGAAAGACUGGAAUGUGAGGAGCCAGAGGCAAAGGGAAUUCGAGAGCUAAUGGGCAUUGGAGAGCUGGGAUCAGAAAUAAAGACAGAACCUGCAGAGCAGGAGCAGAAUCAGCUGGGCGCUGAGGAAACCAUACCGGCAACUGCAAGAGUGACAGAAACACCAGAGCUUAGGAGUCAAGAGAUAGAAGAGGAUCAAAGAGCAGCUGUGGCAGCAGGAGAGAGUGCUGAAAUUGAGAUAGAAUCGACCAAGGGAGAAGACACGAUGCACGGCACGGUGAAGACAGAGACCCCACCUGAUGAUGAUUCAUCCCCUCCACAAGUCCCAAAUGUGAGUGAAGACUCCUCACAGGCUGAUGUUCAGCACAAAUUUGAGCUGUCAGACUCAAUGAAGGAGGAAGCCCGAGCCCUGUUUAGGAGCCAGAUGAAGGAUGGGCAGGGUGAAGAGGAUGAUGAGGAUGGUGCCAGUGAGGCUGCCAGUUUGGAGGAGCCCAAAGAAGAAGAUCAGGGUGAGGGAUACCUGUCAGAGAUGGAUAACGAACCCCCUGUGAGUGAGAGCGACGAUGGCUUCAGUGUCCAUAACGCACCUUUACAGUCGCACACGCUAGCCGACUCCAUCCCCAGCAGCCCGGCCUCCUCACAGUUCUCAGUGUGCAGUGAGGAUCAGGAAGCAAUACAGGCCCAGAAGAUCUGGAAGAAAGCCAUCAUGCUAGUUUGGAGAGCGGCAGCUAAUCACAGGUAUGCUAAUGUCUUCCUCCAGCCUGUGACUGAUGAUAUAGCACCAGGCUACCACAGUAUUGUGCAAAGGCCAAUGGAUUUAUCUACAAUCAAAAAGAAUAUUGAGAAUGGGCUGAUACGAACCACGGCUGAGUUCCAACGUGAUAUUAUGCUGAUGUUUCAAAAUGCAGUUAUGUACAACAGCUCAGACCAUGAUGUGUACCACAUGGCUGUGGAGAUGCAGCGAGAUGUCCUGGAGCAGAUCCAGCAAUUUCUGGCCACGCAACUGAUCAUGCAAACAUCAGAGUCGGGGAUCAGUGCAAAGAGCCUGCGUGGGCGAGACUCCACUCGCAAGCAAGAUGCUUCGGAGAAGGACAGUGUCCCAAUGGGCUCUCCUGCCUUCCUUCUCUCUCUCUUUACAGAGGAGUACUCCGGGAGAGUCAGCAUGUCAGCCAGAGGGAGAGGGCAGCGGAUCAAAGGAAGCUCUCAGCUCGCCUUCUACUCAUGGAAAGGAGCUGUGCGGAGAAGCAUGGGCCAUUCCUGGCUGUGGUGCAGGUCUGAGACGGAGUCUCCCAGCGACUCAGAGAAGAACAGUGACUUCCAGUCAGUUCUCAGCUGGGAUUCCAGCUUGGAUCUGGAACUGGGGAGCUGGAGGAACACCGAAGAGGCCGUCUUGGGGAAGCUGGAGGAGAGCAGCCAAGAGGCAGACUACAGGCUGAAGUUCAGUGAUCCUCUCUGGGAGGAUGAUAGUGAAGACUACCCAAAAGCAGAGAGGCAAUGCGAAGAUGAAAGUCUUCUCCAGUUCUUCUCAGAGCACGCAGCUUGCCUGGUUCAGGCCCACGUGGAUGCAAUAGCAGUAACCAUCUGCCCCUGGAGACCAUCAUGUCUUGGAAGCAGGCGCUGUUUAGCCUGGGUUUGUGCUAGUCCUGUGUCUGGGGGGUGCUGGGCUCCCACCAGCCUGCGAGGUGGUGCUGGGACGGGCUGUAACACCACAGCAGUGGAAGGGCAGCACCCAGUUUUUCAGUCCUGCACUCACAUUUGUUGCUUUGCAAACUUAGACGCUGGAGACAGAAAUGACUUUCGGGGUUCUCGCAGCGGGGUUAUUCCCAGCAGUUCCCUCGUGGUCUGCCAAGUGGUCAAAGCCAUACCCAGCUCAGUGUCCGUGUUCCUGCUGGACGGUCUGCUCCGUGCUUCAGAUCUGCUGAGGAAUUCUCAGAUGUCCCUGUACAUAAUCCCACUUCUGACCUCCAGAAUGCCUCUCUCCCUGCACCUCCCCCUCCGUUUUGUUAGCAAAUCACUGCACCAACAGCACCACUCUCCUUCCUGGUUGAGUCUAUUCUCUGUCAUAUUCAUGUGGGAGUUUUUGAGGAAACAGUCCUGUUGUACUCUUGGGGAUCCUGUUUUCUGUGUCUUGAGGUUUAACAAGCCUGAGGCAGUCUUACCUCAGAUCCUGAUUGCCCUCUGUACAUCCAUGACUCUUCCCAGAAAAGAAACCAGACACACCUCUGGGCACCAGUCAGCUCCGCAAUGUUUGUGUUUGCCAGAGGUGGUUGUGAGCCAGGAGAUCAAACCCAGCUGGUACUGGAGCCCUGGCCAGCACAAGGAAGAUCUGAAUAAGGCCAAGACUCAAGAGGCACCUGGAGAUCAAGCUUUAGGUGAGCCAUGUGCACAGGAGAGUCAUCAGGCCCAGGACCCAGAUGAUAGUGAUGGCACCUCUGCAGACCCUGUGCUGGUCACCACAAGUCCUGCCAACAUGCAGCUAUGCAGAACACCUCUGCCAUGUCCCCCUGAGAGGCUUUGUGCAGCUACAGAAAAGGAUCUCAGGGCUGUACCCACCUGGAUGCGGAUGCAGCUGAGCUGGGAUAACCCCGUGCAGCAUUCACACUUCAAAAGGACCGUCCUGUCCAUCUGGAAGAUGAUAGCCAGUCACAGGUACAGCGGCCCAUUCCUGAAGGCAGUGUCAGAGAAACAAGCCCCGGGAUACAGGGAUGUGGUGAAGAGGCCCAUGGAUUUAACCAGCAUAAAGCGAAACCUGUCCAAGGGGCACAUCCAGUCCAUGGCCCAGUUCCAGUGCAGCCUGAUGCUCAUGUUCCAGAACGCGGUGAUGUACAACAGCUGCAACCACCACGUGCACCGCAUGGCCCUGGAGAUGCAGCGGGAGGUGCUGGAGCAGAUGCAGAUGCUGGGUGAAGCCCUCCUGUGCUCAGAGGACAGGCUGCGGCUGGGCCGGAGCACGCGGCGGCCGGAAGCGGAAGCGGCCGGCGGCAGCGCGCGCGCGACCAUGGCGAGGGAGAAGGAGGCGGAGGCGGCGGAGGCGGCCCCGGAGCUGUCGUACCGGGAGCAGCUCGGGCACCUCAACCCCAUCGCGCAGCCGCUCGCCUCCCGCAAGCUGACGCGGAAGCUCUACAAGUGCAUUAGGAAAGCGGCCAAGCAGAAGCAGAUCCGCCGCGGCGUGAAGGAGGUGCAGAAAUUCAUCAACAAGGGAGAGAAGGGGAUCGCGGUGCUGGCCGGCGACACGCUGCCCAUCGAUGUGUACUGCCACAUCCCCAUCAUGUGUGAGGACAGGAACCUCCCGUACGCAUACGUCCCCUCCAAAUCGGACCUGGGAGCUGCGGCCGGCUCGAAGCGCCCCACCUGUGUCAUCCUGAUCAAGCCCCACGAGGAGUACCAGGAGGCCUACGAUGAGUGCCUGGAGGAGGUGGAGGCGCUGCCCCUGCCGCUCUGACCCACAGUGGGGUGUGGGGGGGAACGGGAUGGGACACAGGGUGAAUAAAGGUGUGGGGGGUUUGUACCAGC